AGUAUAUCUCCCUUCCACGUCCUUCACGACGUGAGACUUUUAACGCUGUCAUUUAACACUUAUCAUCUUCCUAUUCAUGUUAUUUGCUUCAACUCAUGUUUGCGCGUGUCUAUGGCUAUCUGCACGGCCGAGCAUCUACCAUCUUCAGCGCCUCUUUCUAUUCUUCCCUUAAUCAUCUUCACAAACGUAAUCUGUGAUCCUUCUUCCCUCCUAUUCUAACCUACAUAUAGUCCUGCCGAUUAGACAGUGUGCACCGAAUCUUUCACGCCUGAUUAUCGAUAACAAGUCCUUACAUACGAGUAAUCGAGAAUUCACGACCAACCCUUCGUUCCUUAAUCACGACAUGCCCAAUUCCAACCAUCAUGGAAGUCCAGCAAAUACUCGAGGGCGCCUUCGCUCAGCUCAGCGAAUUCCCUAAUGAAACACAUUUAUGUUGCCCAAGAAUCUCCGAAGACGAUGACGAACUCUACGACGAUCCGGAUGCCCCUAGCAAAAUCACCCUCGCCCAAAAAGAAGAGAGGAUCCAACAAGGCAAAGAUAGAUUAACUCAGACAUACCUCUGUUCCUUAGUAUUGGGCCUCGAAAAAGAAACAGCUGGGAAAUUGGCUUAUGAGUUUGGAUAUCGGGUUACCGUCUUCCUUAAGUGUUGCGCGACUUGCGUGCGGAAUUGGCACAAGGGACGUAGGGCUUUUCUUAAGGAUAUUGCCCAGGUAUAUGAUGACUCCGUCGUAACUCAAAUGGAGGAUCGAUUGAAUCAGUUUGAUUUCAGCCGAAUUAGCGAAGGCCUUCAAGGUGCGGCCGAGUUCAUCGACUCUCACAAUGGCGUAGCCGGUCAAAGCACAUUUCUUAAGGAGGAUAAGGAGGAAUUGUUGAUUGCUCUCUACGAGGCUAUAUGCUGCAUGCCAUAUCUAAGCCUACCGGAGAACCGCAAGCAAUUUAACUAUGUCUUCGAGGCAAUCCAGAGGCGCAAGGUUCUUAAGUUAGAUGAAGUCCUCCCGACCAUGACUUUCUUCCUUUUUGACGAGAACGAAACCCGCAAUCGAUUCGCGGUUCACACAUUUUCCCGACAGCCCACUGUCACUACAGAAGAUUUCGAAUGGGCAAUCAACGACAACCUCGCAGAUGCGAUCCUGAAGGCCAACGACAUGAAUGCGUCGCCCCAAUUUCUCCUUCGUUUCUGGCAGGCAUUUCUUCACAUCUUGAAUGUACUUGACGAGAGACUUGUCGUUCAUUCUUUGCGAGCCAUGACUGUUCAGCCAAGCAUAUAUGAACUGAUGCUCGCGCAAUUGCCCCGGAUUGACUCGGUUCCAGUUCUAAAACUGUUACUCAAGUCAUUUUGCGCACUAAUACAGAAGUCCCCUAAGGCGUUUUGGGACGCUUUCAGUCACUAUUCUCAUACAACCGUUGCCGAGCAGAUAUUGGCUAGCUCUGCCUUCAAGUCACUUCUCGCCCAAUCUGGGGAAGAAUAUUCAAUUUCGGAAUCACCCGCAGCCAUUUCUUGGGUCAAGCCUUUUAUAAACUCGGUUCCAGUCCAUCACAGGAGUGAUGUCUGUGAUUCACUUCUACACCACUUUCUAGAGAGGUACGCCCAAGACUCCAGCAUGGGAUCAGGAGGUAAACUUGCCUGUACCCUUGCUGCCGUCGAGGUGCUCUCCUCUACGCUUGAGGCAUUCGCAUCCCCAAGUUACAAGUUACAUGCAGAUUCUUCAACAAUCCAUACUAAUGCGACGCUAAAUCUCACUUUGAAAUACAAAGAUUUGAUUCUCCAGCUCGCCCAGCUUUCGCCAAACGACCCGCAAAAUAUUGUAAUGUCGCGUGCCGGGCUGUCUGUGAUAAAAUUCGCUUUAGUUCUGGAUUCCCGUAUUACUGUCGAGGAAUUUAAUGCCCUCCAAAAUAGUGAUAACCGAGUCCAACGAGAGGUCAAGCGUAAUUCUUCGGGUCACUGGGAGGCCUUCUUGGAGAUCCUCCAACCGGGUGCGGACGAUCUCGCGAAAAUAAUGCUGGUUGCAGCUGGUCCUCUAGUCGCCGUGGAGAUUUUCCGACCACUAAAAAGGCAAUCUUUAUCGCCAGUCAAGACGGGAUUCAAUACCGAGUUCCAAAAGACAGCUGAGGUCGUAGGCCGAAUGCUUGACAGGCUGGGUGACUUCAACGAAUCCACACUUCGACAAUUCUGCUCAGAGUCUUCGACGAUCUUUCCUAUUGUUGCGGCUCUUGUCCACGGCGAGGAAACUAUUAGUCAAGCCGGCGCUUCAUUUAUCAAGGCGGUCACUGGUGAGAUGAGAAGAACAGACGCUGUAUUGAAACUACUGCAAAGCUUUUUCGGUCGUGCUUUGUCUUCUUAUACGGCCGUUGUCAACGAAGUCAAUGGGAAAAUGUCGCUUUGGUCACCACAGUUCAAUAUUAUCCGAUAUUCGAGAGAUAUUCUCAGUAGUCUCUGCGACCCAUCCUCGGGUAUACUGCGUUCAAGAGAUUUAAACAAUGCGGAACGCGAAGUUCUCAGCGCUUGGUGGAACUCACUGUGGAUUUUCCUCGACAACGCCUUCACUCAAACAGAAGAUUGGAGUCGCUUGAUCGACAUGGAGACAAUGAAGAACUUCUGUCGAGAAGCCAUGGAACUCGCAGAAGCUCUAUUAGCUCAGGAUGGUCUUCUAGCCUCUGCAUUGGGCCCCGAGUCUGCGCAUUCUGCCUCGAUGGAUAAUAUCGAACAACCUGAAAAGCAAGCUAUGAGAGAUAUCCUCGAACAACCACGAAAGCACUGCCUAGGCCUAUGCAAAAUGCUGCGACUAAAGGACCUGUACCUCGUUACCGUGAUUGUGAAUGUUCUAGGUAAACUUCUUAGGCGUCUAGUCGAAUUUGACGUCGAACUGCCCUCACCGGCGUUGACAUUUGUUAAAAACACUUGUAUUAAGAAUAAGACUGGACGAUAUAACACCCAGACGAAUAUGAAUGAUCGUCAGCGUGCCGAGCUGUUGCGAGCGUUAGGUGAGGACACUCAGGAGGACGAUCUCCAAAUUAUCUCGGUCAAGAAAUCCGAACCUCUUAAACGACAGACGAGACUUGAUGCUUGGUCGAAGUCAACCGACGACACUUCUAGUGUGUCAAGCGCCCCACGAAAGGAGAAGAUUCCAGUAAGGACGAGCAAAGAUGAUAUGCGCGAGCUGCUCAAGUACUCUUCCUCGGAGAAAAGCAAGGCUACCUUGGAGAGAAUAAAGGCUCGCAAACCGGAGAAACCACCCCUCGCUGAUGUAACGUCUAUUCGCGAAAAGCGUCAGAAGGAGGCCGAGGAAAAGCGAAAGAGAGACGCCGAAGCCAUUGCCAGAGCAAAAGCCCUACGAGCUCCCAAGCCCCUUGUCAGCGGCGAGGGAUCGGGUCUUCAGGGGCUGUCUGGCGUUCAUGGUAAAGAUCAUGCCCCGCAGAAAAGCGAGAUUAUGGUCAACUCAUCGUCGGAAGAUGAGGACGACUCGGACGAUGAUGCUGAGUUUUUAGCUCGAUCUGCCGCAGGAAACAAGGCGUCAAAGGGUGGGCCAAUGAAGGUUAAUGCACGUCUCCCGGUAAAGAAGAUGAAGAUUCAACGCUCUUCCAAAGAUAUGAGAGCACGACUCAUCCCUCCGAUGGAUGUGCUUCACCAAGCUAUUCUCGAAUGGGAUAUCUUCCAUCAAGGAAAUGAUCCCCCUAACGGCAUCAAGUGCUCUCAAGUAUCUAAUUCCUACAAUGAUCCGCGGGAGUACAAGGAAACUUUCCUACCACUUCUAAUCAAUGAAGCUUGGAGAUCCUUUGUAACAGCUAAAGAUGAAGUAACAUCCAAACCCUUCGGCAUCAAGAUUGUCAACCGAAUGAACGUUGACAAAUUCGUCGAGGUUAGUACGGCUAUACCUAUAGCCGAAACCAAGGAUAGAUUUCUGGCGGAAGGAGACAUUAUUCUAUUUUCGCAUGCAUCAAAUCCGUUAGAAGCGACAGACGAACUGCACUGCCUUGCCCGUAUCUGGCGUGUUCAGUUUAAAAACGGCAAUUUGGAAAUACAAUUUCGCUUAAGUGGCCGAGCUGGUGCUAUCAUAUCCACGAUGAUGCCGCAGGCCGAACUCUACGCUGUUAAAAUUACUAACAUGACCACGAUUGAGCGUGAAUACGCCUCUCUCGAAAGUUUGCAAUACUAUGAUUUAAUGCCAGAGGUCCUGGAAGCCAAGCCAUCUCCCAUGCUUAAAUUUAGUCAAGAAGCUGUUGACAAUAUUAUGCAAAAUUACCAACUAAAUCCUGGUCAGGCAAAAGCAAUUUUGAAUGCAAAGGAGAAUGAUGCGUUUACGCUAGUCCAAGGUCCUCCUGGUACAGGAAAAACGAAGACCAUUGUAGCAAUGGUUGGUGCCCUUCUAACUGGUAGCUUCUCUAUAACCGCAGGCACAGCUAUUAAACGACCUGGAGGCGUUGGUACAACGGGCAGUAAAACGAACGCUAAGAAAUUGCUGGUCUGCGCCCCAAGUAACGCAGCCGUCGAUGAAUUGGUUCUACGACUCAAAGAUGGGGUCAAAUCUACUACCGGAUCAUUUCAUAAGAUUAAUGUCUUACGUCUUGGUCGCACAGAUGCAAUAAAUGCUGCAGUCAAAGACGUCACUUUAGACGAAAUGGUCAAGGCUCGCGUAGAGGGCGCCGCGAAUCAGAAUACCGGCCCUAGCUCACGAGAGCUUAUGCAUAAAGAAGCAGGUCAGAUCAAAAUGGAAUUAUCCGAAUUACGACCAGCGCUAGAGGCCGCAAGAGCUCAUGGGGAAGACCGAGCACAGAUCAACCAACUACAGCGAAAAUUCGACGAAUUAAAACGUCGUCAAGCCCAAAUUGGCGCGAAAAUAGACGCCGAUAAAGACAGUGGAAAUACUGUCGCAAGAGAAAACGAGAUUCGACGACGACAAAUCCAACAAGAAAUUCUUGACUCUGCUCAAGUCCUCUGCGCCACACUAAGUGGUAGUGGACAUGAGAUGUUCAAGAAUCUACAAGUUGAAUUUGAGACGGUAAUUAUCGACGAAGCAGCUCAGUGUGUUGAGCUGAGUGCAUUGAUCCCAUUAAAAUAUGGCUGUUCCAAAUGCAUUCUCGUCGGUGAUCCAAAGCAGUUGCCGCCAACAGUAUUGUCGCAAUCCGCUGCUCGUUAUGGAUACGACCAAAGUCUUUUCGUUCGUAUGCAGCGCAAUCACCCCGAUGACGUUCAUCUACUUGAUACCCAAUACCGUAUGCACCCAGAAAUUAGCUUGUUCCCAAGCCAAGAAUUCUACGAGCGACGUCUUGUGGAUGGUGAUGAUAUGAGAAAGCUCCGCCACCAGCCGUGGCAUCAGAGUUCGCUGUUGGGUCCUUACCGAUUCUUCGACGUAAAGGGUAUCCAGGAGAAAGGUCGCAAAGGCCAAUCAUUGGUUAACUUGGAAGAGUUGAAGGUUGCCAUGCAACUCUACGAUAGGUUGAUGACUGAUUAUCGGGAAACUGAUUUCAAAGGCAAAAUCGGUAUUAUUACCCCCUAUAAAGCUCAACUAUACGAACUCCGCGACCAGUUCUCGCGUCGUUAUGGAGAGAAGAUCAAGGAGCAUAUCGAAUUCAACACUACCGACGCUUUCCAAGGACGAGAGUGUGAAAUUAUCAUCUUCUCCUGUGUCCGAGCCAGCCCCACUGGUGGUAUUGGUUUCAUGACGGAUAUUCGACGUAUGAACGUGGGUCUCACGCGUGCGAAAUCCUCGCUCUUCAUUCUUGGAGACUCGAGGGCUCUAGUACAGGGUGAAUUUUGGAAUAAGCUUAUUGAGGAUGCCCGAGCUCGAGAUCGUUAUACAGCAGGUGAUGUCCUCUCUUUGCUGAGGAAGCCUGGAUCUCGAUUACCACCUCCCAAUUUCGACGCCCCAUCACCCCAAACCCCUCAACCCGAAGUACGCAACCCCGCAAAGGAGGCCGCGGCGGGUUCGAGCGCUACUCCAAAGCCCGUCCAAACAAAUGAUAUGGAGGACGUGGUCAUGGAAGAUGUAGCACCUUAUCAGCCGCCGAAAAAGAAACAUCAAACUCCUCAAUUACCACAAACAUACACGCUUCUUGAACGACCCGGACCUCCUGUAAAUCAUUCAAGCUCGACAGGAUACGGUGGAAUCAACGAACGUGGAGAGAGUGCCACCAUCAAUCGUUCGUCCGAGCGCCCCAUCAUACACCAAUCAGGUCAAAAACGACCUAGGGAUAGCAUCGACGAUGGCAAAACAUCGAAGAGGAUUGCUAGCAACCAUGCACCAAAGAUACCGCCAAGUGCGCCCCGAGCUAUGCCACAACCACAAGAUCCUUCGGCAAUGUCUGUUUUAGGCCUUCAACCCAAGUCCUCUGCAGGCAAAGGUCCUUCUGGACCCCCGAAUGCGCCCAAGGGCCCAUCCAGUUCAUCUAGUGGUUCUACAGCACCUAGACCACCACCUCCUCAAAGAAGGAGACCCCCUCCUACUGAUCCUUUCAUCAAACGCAAGCCCAACAAACCCCGUUAAAUUUCCCAGCGUACGAUUAUGGUUCCUCAUUGCGUUUCAGUAGGUUCACUACAUCCUGCACCAUUCUGGGGGCGUCUAAGUUAUAGUGGUCAUUUCCAUUUUGCAUUUUCCGGCGUAGGGAUUAUAGUGCAUUUGUACCCAUAGAUUUGUUCUUUUCUCUCCUUUUUUUCCCUUGCUCUCAGAGGGCAUUUUUUUCUAGUGGUUGAUACCCAGGUCUCGCAUCCUAAGGGAAUCAAAUAGGGUAGGACGGAACUAAAAAGGAGAGAUUAGACUAGAUAGUUGGCUUUGACCUCGUAGAUGUCGGCACCCAUAGGGCUGGACAUUCCUUGAGUCGCCAGUCAAAUAACCACCAUAAUGACCUUAAUUUUUGAAGUUGACUGGGGCCGACCAGCCCAGGUAAGUAGACCGUGUAACUUGUGACACGCGUAUAUGAACUGAGGUUCGUGAUAAAAACCUCCCGCUGUGUCUACGGGUGCAACUUCAAGCGCUGUAGAUAUAGCCUGUUGCUAGUUACCUACAGCUGGUAUUCGUGUAACCUCAUCCCCCCUGGACAAGUACCCCGACCGGAGCCCUUAGCUGAUCAGUGAUCACUAUUGCGCUAUUUCUCUAGUAGGGUUUACUUCAGCUUACGCCCUACACGGGACGCCCAAGCCUCCUGGAGAAUCAGUGCGUAUUA